AUGUUGAGAAGUGGCGUGGCAAGAAGCACACAGCAGGCCCUUAUUAGAGGCUCUGGGCUGAGAAAUGCUCGUUUCAGUUCAAAAACUAUAUAUAACAAUAUUGCCUCAAUCAACGCAGGGGCACGGUACAUGCAGAAAAACUGGAAUGUAAGACAAUUUCAAACAUGCAGCAGUGCAGGGUACCCACAGUCGCCAAUGAAGGUGUUUGUGGAUACAUUCAGAAAGGAGUGGAAAAAGAGUACAGAGCUUAAUGAUCAGAUCAAACAGCUUAAGAGUGCUACUGACGAGAUGGGAGACAGUGAGGCAUUUAAAAAAGCCAGGGAGGCAUAUUUGAAGGCACAGAAGCAGUCUGGAACUAUUGCAAAGACCGCUGCCAAGGCUGCAGAGGCAGUUGGUGGUGCAGCAGCAAAAGCAUGGGAUUCACCAGUUGGAAAAGGUGUCCGUAAGACUGUAGAAGCAACUGCAGAUGUUGCAGACAAGGUGAUCGAGCCUGUGAGGAAGACAAAGGCAUAUAAGGAGGCAAAAGAGGCGUACGAUGAAGGAGCGUCGUAUUAUGGACUGUAUGAGACGAAAGAACAGAGGAGAAAAAGACGAGAGAGGGAAAAAUUGAAAGAGCCAAAGACUGUGAAGGCCAACGAUGAUGCUGGCAUGUCAGUUGUGGCUGUGGAUGCAAAACCAAAGGAGAGCUUGAAGGAUAAGUUCAAACUGGCGCCAAAUUCGCCUUUGAAGAAGGCUAGUUCAUUUCUUAAGGAGAAAUGGGAGGAGGCAGACAACCCACUUCUUGUUUUGAUCAGGAACGUUGGCCACAAGAUCAACAAGCUUUUCGCAGAGACCGAGAAUGCGAAAGUGGUCAAGGCUUUCCAGCAGAUGGAUCCAAACUUCACAGUGACGAAAUUUAACAAGAAGUUGCGUGAAUACAUCGUCCCGGAGGUUUUAGAUGCUUACGAGUCUGGAGACCAGAAGACACUAAAGAAAUGGCUUUCGGAGGCACCUUUCAACAUAAUAAUGACGCAGCAGAAGCAGCUUCACCAACAGGGUGUUAUAAAUGACGGCAGAAUCCUCGACAUCAGAAAUGUUAGUGUUGUGGCAUACAAAAUACUCGAGCCAAAUGAAACUCCCGUGCUAGUUACAGGAUCAAGAGUGCAGGAAAUCGUUUCAUUCAGAAAUGCAAAGACUGGUGCCGUGGUUGCAGGAUCUGAUGAGGAUAUAGUUGUGUCAUCAUAUGCAAUGGUUCUUACUAGAAUACCUGAAGAAAUGGAUGAUCCAGUUACUGAUGGAUGGAGGGUGCUAGAGUUUGUCAAGGGUGGCUCUAGAACGUUUACCUGA